GUGGAGGCUGAGCGCGACCUCAGGAGGAAGCCAUGCUCUGUCGUGACCACAGAGUUCGACAGCCUGACAUUUGUUGAACUAGUUGCCACGAAGGUCCGCAUUGGUAUGCACUUGGUUAGCCAAUCAUAACAAUGUUUUUUUUCUGUCUUUUUGGCAUUCUCUACCCCUGCAGUCGACAGUAGCGUUUGAUUCGGACAAACAAAUCAUCGUCUGGAGGGGGUUCCUUGCACUGGGCGGUCGCUUCUCAUAGCAAAAGCUUGUCUUGAAGAGACCCGUGGCGAGACCGCCAUCAGUUUCCACUGUGCGUUUGCGGCUCUGCUGACAUCAGACAGGAAGACACACAACGAGUGGCGGCUCAACCGAAACAGGAAACUGCUACAGCGGCGGCGUCACUUGCCUAGGAAUGACUGAAUUCUGGGUUUGUUUUAGCUGCUGUAUUGCGGAGCAGCCACAGCCUAAACGGAGGCGACGAAUCGACCGUUCCAUGAUCGGCGAGCCAACGAACUUCGUCCACACCACACACGUCGGCUCGGGUGACAUGGGCCUGGGGUUGCCUUCGGUGGACCUGAUCCAGGCCCAAAUGAAAUCCAAAGGCGGCUACGCACACGGCGGCUCUGAAGGCUCACAAUUAUGAGGCCUUCAGUGUGGUGGCAACUACUACUAUUGUUUAUAGGAGGACGCAGAUCACAGUCCUUCAUGGACGCAGGACCAAAAGAUAAAGUACUGGUUUUCCAUAAUGUUGUAUAUAUUUUUAUUUUUCAUUCCUUUUUUUUUUUUUUUUUUUUAAAUUGUUUUUACGAAAGCACUGCUAUCCAUUUGCUGCCAUGCUGUUGCACUGUAAAGAGUACCAGUUAAAUGAGUAGAGAAGAGGAACCUUUAUUUAGUACGCUCAUCUCAGUCCGACGUAUGCUUGUGCGGGUGUGUGCGUGUAUGUAUGCAUGAGGAAAACUAUGUCGCUCUCGUAGCCCACAUGAAUGCCUGUAUUUAUUAUCGCAUUUGCAAACGGACCUCACGGUGGCUGGGCCACGCUGAAGACGUGGAACCUUAUGUUUCCGUUUUUUGUUUUGUUUUGUUUUUUUUUUUUCUCUCAGAGGUUAGAUAAAGUACAGGUGGAGGUAGCAUAGCAAAAUGUU